UUUACAGCGCAGGAUGUGUUUUUAGAGCAUUGCCAAAAGCUGCUAGAGAAAUUUCGUUAUCCCUGGGAGAUGAUGCCCUUAAUGUAUGUGAUAUUAAAAGAUGCUGGGGCAGAUAUUGAAGAGGCUUCAAGACGUAUCGAGGAGGGCCAACAUGUCGUAAAUGAAUACUCGCGUCAGCAUAAUUUAAAUAUUUAUGAUGGGGGUGAGCUGCGCAGUACGACACGGCAAUGUGGAUGAUAAUUUUUAACGUAAUAACUUUAAAAGUUAUAAUUUGAGUAAAUAUAAUGAAACUAAAUCAAUUUAAUUUUUAAGUUUAAUAAAUACGUCAUUUAAAUCGAGUGAAGAUUAACAUAGGAAAUAAAAUAUUAACUGUCUCCAAUUGGAAACAAAAAAUUAAGAUACCUGCAGGUUCCUUUUUCUUUUGUCGAGUUAAAAAAUUAGUAACCGUUGCUAAAUGUUUAACUUCGGAGAAUCUGACAACUUUUUGCGCCUUCUAAAAAGUGAAAGUAAGUAAAUAAAAUAUUUGCAAAUCAACAAAACUUCAAUCAACAUACCAUUGGGCCCACUUCUUCAAUCAACAUACGGAUUGUACUUAAACAUAUACAUAAAUAUUCUGCAAUCAACAAACCCAAGAAGGAGAAUUCAAGUUUUUCUGCAAUCAAAUUCUGGACAUCUUUGUGUAUUAUUUACCACACCAUGUUAAGCUGGCAAAUGUAAAAUUUAACAUUUCUGCAACCAACAUAUUCAGGAUAUCAGAGUCAAAGGAGUCGAGGAACAAGAAGUUGCAUACAUACACGUUUAACCGUGCUUGCGGAAUAUUGUUAAAUUUUUAUAA